UAACGGGCUGGGAGUCGGGCGGGAGCGCGGCCGCCGCCCGGGACGGAACGGGACGGAGCGGGAGGAGACCAGAUACAGCGGGACGAAACGAGACGAGCGGUCCCGUCCCAGGAGCGCACAGCGGGAGCGGCCCCGCGCCCAGCCCGCCCCGCACUUGUCGUCCCGUAUGCGCGGCUCCCGGUGCAGCGCUGCCGCGGAGGAUCCCUAGGCAAAGCCAAGCCCCCGCCGCAUGCCCGGGGAGCUGUUGGGGGGCCAUGGAGCUGGCAGGCACCGAGCUGGCAGGCACCGAGCUGCCCGGUGGCAACGUCAGCGCCAACCAGAGCGCCGCCGACCCCACGCUGUCGCGGGAACUGUGGGUGGUGGGCAUGGGGAUCCUCAUGUCGGUGAUCGUGCUGGUCAUCGUCUUCGGCAACGUGCUGGUGAUCACUGCCAUCGCCCGGUUCCAGCGCCUGCAGACUGUCACCAACUACUUCAUCACCUCGCUGGCCUGUGCUGACCUGGUGAUGGGGCUGGGUGUGGUGCCCUUUGGCGCCAGCCACAUCAUCAUGGGGAUGUGGAAUUUUGGGAACUUCUGGUGUGAGUUCUGGACCGCCUUGGACGUGCUCUGUGUCACGGCUAGCAUUGAGACCCUCUGCGUCAUUGCCGUGGACCGGUACUUCGCCAUCACCUCCCCUUUCAAGUACCAGAGCCUGCUGACCAAGAGCAAGGCACGUGUGGUCAUCCUCGUGGUGUGGGUGGUCUCAGUCCUUACCUCCUUCCUGCCCAUCCAAAUGCACUGGUACCGGGCAGACAGUGACGAGGCCAUCCUGUGCUACGAGAAGGACACAUGUUGCGACUUCUUCACCAACCAAGCCUAUGCCAUUGCCUCCUCCAUCAUCUCCUUCUACCUGCCGCUCGUGGUCAUGGUGUUUGUGUAUGCCAGGGUCUUCCAGGUGGCCAAGAAGCAGUUGCAGAAGAUAGACAGGAGCGAGGGGAGGUUUCACACCCAGAACAAGGAGCAGGAGCAGAAAGGGGGAGCUGGGCACCGCCGUAUCUCCAAGUUCUUCUUGAAGGAGCAGAAAGCCCUCAAGACCCUGGGCAUCAUCAUGGGCACCUUCACUCUGUGCUGGCUGCCCUUCUUCAUCGUCAACAUCGUGCACGUCAUCCAGGACGACAUCAUACCCAAGUACGUGUUCAUCCUCUUGAACUGGCUGGGCUAUGUCAACUCUGGCUUCAACCCUUUGAUCUACUGCCGGAGCCCGGACUUCAGGUACGCCUUCCAGGAGCUCCUGUGCCUCCGCAGGUCCGCGCCGAAGAUGUAUGUCAACGGCUACUCAAACAGCAACGGCAGGAGUGAGUACAACGAGGAGGACAACGGCUACCCCCUGGCAUCGGAUAAAACCUGCGAGUUGCUCUGCGAAGAGGGAUCCUUCCCUCAUACCGAGGACUUUUCGCACUGCAAAGAGAUCCCAGGGUGUCCAGGAAUGGUCGAGAGCUGAAGGGGCUGACCUCUCUUCCUCACCAUCCUGAGCUCAUGAGGGCUCUGAAGAGGUCGAGUUAGGAGCAUGGCCUUGCUUCUCUGAGCCCGGGGAUGCUGUGGGAAGUGAUUGCCUUGGCAGAUGUCUUCAUCCCAACCCAUAGCCCAUCGUGCAUCACCUGAAGGAGAAGCUGAUGGAGGAUGACCAGAGGACCAGGAAAGGCUCUGCUAGCCUCGGAGGACACAGCUGGGGGACCGGCACUAGGAGAGGCACUUUGCAGGAGUCACUGCAUACGAGACUGGCUCUGGAAAGAAGCUACAGGAGCCCUGUGAACUGAAGGAGGGGAACGUCCGAAUCAUCACAAAAGGUGCAGAGGGGUCUCCCUGGCACAGCAUCCUUGGAAAGCACUUUAAAAAGGGAAGGGGGUAUCAGGACCACGUGGCCAUCUCCGGUGGCUGGUUUGGAAGUGGCAUGGCAAGGUCCGUGCCUUGUGGUCAGGUGAGGAGCGGCGGGACAUGCUCCAGACAGAAUGGGAACCUGACCAGGACUGAGAGAGAAGGAGCGUGGAAGAUUGCUUUGAUUUAUUCUGUGCUUGUUUCUCCUUCUGGUGUCUUCUCUGUCUACCUCUUUUUCUCUCUAGGCCUACGUGCACUGCAUGUGGCACCCAGACCCUCACAAACAAGCAGAUUAUAAUAGCACAGGGCAAAUCCUGCCCAGUAUUCAACUGUGCUGCCCAGUGCAGAGCUGUUGCUAGGUGGGGCUGACAUUGCACAGCACAGAUGUAACAGGACUUUUGUUUGCUCCAUGUGCCAACAAAUCUGAAACUGUAAUGCCUGGACUCCAGGCAGGAGAAAGGCUUGAACGUGGCAAUCCUUUUACUUGCAAGCAGUCACACACUGGCAUGACCAGCCACACUUGGAAGCCAAGUUUUAACACUUGAGCCCCAAAAUAUUGUAGAGCAUCCGUCCCUCUCCGGUAGCUGUGGAAAUGAGCAUGCUGGCCGGCUGCACACUCAGCCAUGUAAAAAACUCAUUAAGAAGAGAAAGAGACAGAUGGAGGGAGUGACAGCGGGCUCAGGCAGAAAAUAUUAGGUAAAACUGAUUCAAAACCAACAGGAAAAUGUGUACUUCUUGGUUGCAGAUGGUGUCCCACCCGCCGACCAUUGUGCCCAGCUGGGCAGCUGCAGGUCACUGAUCACCGAGCUGCUCCUGGAGAUUUGGGCAGACGUGUCGGUACCAAACUGUGCCAGGAGCCCCAUCUCAGACCCUCUCUCUUGGGCUUCCAGCUGCAAACCCCCAUUCCUCAUGUGCAAUUGUAUUUAUUUAUUUAUUUUCUUGCUGCUUGAUGCAAAGCUGCUAAAACAGCACCUUCCCCACAAACAUCCGCAGCUGAGAGGACGGAGGGAGGGAGCGUGUGCUGUGUGUGUGCAGUGAACGUGGGGCCGGUGUGCGCUGGGGCGGGCUGGAUCCGUGCGCGUGGCGUGUGCACGUGGGGCAGGAGGAAACCGCUGCGGUUAAACCAGAAAUACUUUGCCUGGGUUGAGUGCGCAACUUUGAUCUUUCCAGAAUUAAGAAGAGGCAGAGCAAACCUUUGUUGGGAAGGACGGUAGGACAGCUGUAGGGCUGCAUAAGCUCUGCAGAGCCCCUCUAGCUAGAUUUUCUUUGCACCUGUGUUGUGCAGGGUAUGUGUGUCUGAGCAAGUUGCUUGCCCAGGUCGUGUGUUCCCAGCUGUAAUGAAGCAAACUUACUAUGUGUACAUCCCAGCUUUGGACACACACAAGAGGUCAAAUUUCCAGCCAAACAAGUUCCCAGCAGUGUGCACACAGAGGUUUAAAUACCUGGCAGCCUUUUCUGCUCUGUCCAGAAGAGACAUCCACAUGCAGACCCAUUUAGCACCGCCAGUUUGAGACCAGCAGACAUGAGCCUCUCUAGAUAACCCUGUAGCUGUGCUGUAAUGGUUCAUGCUCAGCCUUUGCUAUUUCUACCCAUUUUGCUAUAAUACUGGCCCAGUGGCAGCAUCUACUCGUUGUCAGGUGUCCUGUUUUAUGGAAAGCCUGGUUUCUCCCUUACCCUUCCCUCCGAGAUGCCCCACCAAGGCUUUGUCCAGACCUGUGUACUACCACACAGGAUGGAAAUAUUUCCCAAUGAAAACCUGUUCCUCAGAAGAUUUCUGGAUGGCUCUAGUCACAGAAACACUGCCCUUGGGAUUAGUUUUCAGGUUAGAGACACACAUGGGAUCAUUGUAGCUCUUUCUCUCACAAAUCCUCUCACGUGUGAGAGCAGGUUGCAGUCAAUGAAAGGGAUACACUUGGUCUGGUGAUUUGCCAGCAUGGCCCAAAAGUGGCGACCUGCUUACUGCUUAUUGCUUCCUUGCAGAGUUGGAAGAGAUGUAUUGCAAAUCCAUUUGCGUAUGACCCUUCAGGCUUGUUCCAUGUAUUACAUUUAGCAGUGGUGUGCUGGGUCUAUUUUUAAAUGCCCCAACACCAGGGUUGUUGUGCUGUCCUUUGGGAGAUUGCCCUGUAGUCCAAGUCAGGACCUGCUAUCAGUAUUCUACCUGCAUUUCCUUCCAAAAACUUCAUUCCAUUAUUCCUAGGGAUGCUCUUCAGGUACUUGCUGCUCAUUGUGUACCGGUCAGGCUCUGCCACUUGAUCUGUGCUCCUCUUUCCUCCUCCAAGAAUCUCUUUGGCUCCCUGAUUGGUGCUGCUCCCUGUCCUUCUUUCUCAUGGUCAGGCAUAGAAUGAGCCUGUUUGUUAAUUCGGUCGUGCAGAGUUUGUCAGGGGUCCCAUGCACAGUUUGUCAGGGGUCUGCACCCACCAGCGGAGCAGCCAGGACCGCUGGCAAUGCCCGGUGUCCCCAGCAGCUGUGCAGCUGCUCUCCCCCUCAUUGCAAAGCAUGUGGGGUGCAGGAAAGGUGCAGACACAGAGAUGUGUCCGAAGGCAGAUCAGUGUUAGCAAUGAGCACUCAUAUCAUGUGGGGAACAAACGACUGCUGGGGACAGUACACAACAAUGUCUCCAUCUCAGCAAAGCCCAGGCUGAGCAGUGGAGGUGGGUGAUGCUCCACAGGCAGCGCUUGCUUGGGGGGGGGUCUUUGUGUGCAGCACUUGGCCAGAGCACCAUUGUGAUUGUGAGAGCUCUGUUCUGCUCACCGAACAAAUUGUUCUUACAAAUAAAGAAUGAAAAGUCCUCCU